AUGAGGAACUGCGCAUAUUCGUCAUUGAGCAUUCUCCUGUCGCUGGCCGCCAUUCUGUGUUAUGCUGAAGACACCUGUCCAGGUGAGCUGUGAAUGAUCCCUCACUCUAAUCAUUGAUUUUAUAUUGUUACUGAUUGGAGAAGUUUACGUAGAGUUUAUCUUUCAAACAGUAAGCUACUGUGAACAGACAACUGAAUUUGACACAUUUUGGUAAACUUGCUUAUAAACUACUUACAAUUAUAAAAUAAGUAACAAAAGGAAAAAGUAAACUAAAAUCAAAGUUAAUGUGAACACUUGUGCUGGGUGUGAAAAAAAAACAUAUUUAUAUACACAAUCCUCUUUAAUAAACCCACCUGGAACUCCUGGGAAGAUGGGACCAACAGGCGUUAAAGGUAAACUAACUCUAAAUAGCAAAAUAUGAAUACUAAAUUAAAUACAGAAUAUGGGAUCACAUUUCAUUAUCAUUGUACAAUACUUUCUACGUAUUGAAAUGUUAAUAUAUCACUAAAUUAAUACAGUCUUUAUACUGUCAUGUCAACUGUACAAAGCUGUUUUUUAGAGAGAGAGAAAGAGAGAGAGAUAGCAAUAGGAAUGUAGAGUUCUAAACCUGAUACAAUCACCAUAGAAAUUAGAUUUUGAACGUAGAACCUUAUCCCAGAAUCGAAGAGCUGAGUCGUCAUCAGGGGGUAAAGCUGGUACCCAGGUAUAUAGGACUCUGGCAAUACGCUGGGGGCCAUCUAUGCGGACUGGUUGGGUUCUAACACAGCGGGCCCUUACUUCAUGCUUUACUUUCACCCACAUGGGGUAUGGACUGCAACUGCUCCACCCCAACCACCGCAAAAGGAAACCACAUCAGAGUGAAAGGAAUAGACUGCAGCACUGGUUCAGCCUAUUCCCCACCAGACACCAUGAAAGUCAUCGCCCUGCAGAAAUUGAUAGACAGGCAGGAAGAUGGCUAGAACCAAGAUGGAUUUAGUGGGUCUCUAGCAGUGUGUUCCUGUGUGUGAGUGUAUUAUUGUGCAUUGUGAGUGUGUCUGUGCCUGUAUAUGUGUUUCUGGGAAUAUGUGUUUAUGCGCAUAUCUGAGAGCCUGGGAGAGUAGUAUUGGGCUCCAAAGCUUCUGAAGCCAGCUGUGGAUGUGCUAGUCACAGAAUGAGCAAGAUACGUGGACCAUACAUUGUCAUUGCGUGGCCCCAAACUAUGGUUAAGGAAUCUCCGCAUCCCACAUUGAAAGGGGUGGAAAGGACUUACCGAGGGGCUAAUAAUUAUAUCGAUUUUAUUCUCUUCCACAGGUGAUAAAGGGGACACAGGUGCACAAGGACAAAAAGGUAAUAAAUAGGUCAAUUCAGGAUAAACUCAGACUCGUGGGUACAAAUAGUAGAUACAAAUUUGCUUUGUUUCAAUUUGCUCACAUUGUGAAUUUUGGAUCAUCCGAAAGUUGGAGAUUAGUGCUUCAGAAGGAACCAAAAUUUGGGCAAAUUUUGGACACUAUUAUUAUUAUUAUUAUUGUUAUUAUUAUUAUUAUUAUUAUUACAAAGGAUACCAAUUUAGGGUGCUGUUUAGCAUAUAGCUCUCUAGUUUGGUAUUCUUAAAAUAGUAAUCCCACAUAACGGUACCAAAAUUGGAGGCUAUCUAGUAAACACACCUGUCUAAAAUAUCAAAAUAAAUAAAAGGGCUUUUUUUUCCUCAAUUGUGGUCUUUCAGCUGUUUAGUACAUAGCUCCCUAAUUUGGUGUGAUUGGCAUAAUUAAAAUGCACACUAUAGUCACCUGUCCCUGAAUGCAUUUUAAUGUAAACAGUUACUGAUUGGUGCACAGCAGCGUUUUUCUCUGCAUGUACAAUAGCCUCCCAAUGAUUGGAUUGGUUCAGAUCAUUAAAUUUGAUGAUCACAGCUUAGGUGGCGGAGCAUGGGCGGGCCAGUUGCGACCAGACCGGCACGGCACUGAAAAAGGUGAGUAAACGACCUUUUUAACCAGAGAUAAGGGGGUCAGAGGGUCUGUUACGGUUGCCGCAGGCUGGCUGAGGGUUGGAUUAGAUAUCCUUGUUCCCAAUCCUGGAGAGCAGUAGAGAGGUUCCAAACAGCAUCCAGCGAUAAUCCUGCAAGUGUAGAAUAUCCAGCUAGCUAUAUAUAAGCAUCCCUACAACACGAGUCGCGGCUGCGAGUUGAGGGUAGGAAGACUGGUUUAUUGAUUGGCAAUGCACUGCUUAAAUACACAUUUUCAGGCCAGAGGCACACCCCUCUGGACCUGAUGGUACACAGGGUGACAAAUGACAAUAACCAAUGAGGACAAAGUACAUCUUUUCGAAUCCUCCCCUCUAGCCUGGAGACAAUCAGUUCCAACGCUUACAAUAACUUAAUUAUCUCCAGGUACAGGCAAUAUUCUAACUGUUACAGAUCCACGAAAACUGCAUAAAAAUACAUAACUCAGACAUCAUGUCCGUUAAUGUACACAUUCAACAUAUCCCCAGACAGCUUGGACCUGAGCCCACAAGUUAUACGAAAAGCACUUAGAUCUCACAAAUGGUAUGGGAAUGCCAUGGUGAUAAAAAGUGUCUCAAGGGCUGUUCGGCCAUUAACAACCCAGAAAUCCUUCACCAUAGUGUCCUGCAUGAGGUCAGUAUAUCCUUCUCAGUCUUAACAUACCGAAUGGCACGGCGUUCGGUACUUUAUGCACGAACGGACGGGGCAUGGAGGAUCCCAGCGGGGUUCAUAUGAAACAGUAGCCGAAAAUGGUACCUGGCGGUCGAUGACCAAGUCCCGCUGGGCGUUUGGCAAAUAAGGAUGGCUGCCGCCACGUGUUCGGACAAACGAACGCCGACCACCCUGUCGACUGUAAAUUAGACUGCGGUUAACCACAAACCGUAACUCCAGGGUGGUUAAUGAGGGGCACACUCCUCUGGUAGGGUGGUCGGUCGUUCGACAGUUCUUUUGGUACUCCGUUUGGCAUAGAGAGGGUGAACGGGGUUAAUUGGCGGCACACGCCAGGGGCCCGGUGGUCGGUCAUUCGUACAGAUGAAUGACUUGAAACAAUGUUUUGUGAGUUUUUAAUAACCAGGUAAUAAACGUGUAGCAGACAGAGGGGACUUUGUAACAGGGUCUAAACAGCUAUUUAGACCUAUAGUGUCAGGAAUACACAUUUGUAUUCCUGACACUAUAGUGUUCCUUUAAGGGAAUUACAUUAGGAACUUAUCUACUAAGCAAUUGAAAGAGCAAAUUAAAGAAAUAGGGCUUUUCCUAUUCUUGCUAUUUAGGGAGAUAUCUACUAAAGAGAUGAAAGACAAAAAUGUAUUUUAAGGGGGCGGGGCCUGACCGCCAACAGGAUCAGAUGUGCUCUGUCUGAGCUCCCACUUCAGGGCCUGAAAAUCGGAGCUAACUGGAAGCCAAACGCAACCACUGACCCACACUGGUGACCACAUCGAUCUCCAGCUGCUGGGGUACGCGGGGAUACCUUUCAAGACCUUGCCUGGCAUCACAAGUAACCCGACAAGGGCCCGAAGCCCGUCGGAGCUUGACCUAGGACGAGAUGGCCGCUCUCCCGGGUCUCCGACAGGCGUCUCGCUUUCCCCCCCCUCUGGACCGGGGGGUUAUCCCAGUCUCCACGGGCAGCUAUUAUUGCACCAAUCUGGGUCCAAACAACCGACCUGUAGUAGAACACUCACCGGCCAGUAUUCCUCAAGAUGGCCACCGCACGUCAUCCAUGUGCGCAACCUACCAGCAAGAUCGAGCUGAACGCAGAGUAGACCAUCCAGCACCAUCUGACCACCAUAACAGCCUGCCCGAGUGCUAUGGCGGCUGACUUCACUGUGCGGAUCAAGGUACAGGCUACCGUCAACAAGCAGAGAAAAAUGGGGCAUAAAAAAAGCGCGACCCCACUGGACAAUCUCUAUAAUGCUGACCCACAGGGACCACCAGACCCUGGCACUGCAAGCUCCGAUAAUACAGGGGCCGAAAUAUCAAGCCACUCACCCUGCACCCAGCCAGAAACAGCCCAACUCAACAGCCCGGACCUGAGACACCACAAUUGCUGCCACAAACCAACAAGACAGCGCAGGGGGACGCCACUACACCACCUGAACACAAGAGGUGCCUGACAAGCACUGGAGUUGGAUGACACCCCAAUCUGGGAACCCAGAGUCCGCAACCCGUGAUCUCUACAGAUACAGUUUUAUUUUAUGACUUGACUUUUCAACAGCACUAGUAUCUUGUUUGCCAUAAUAUUUAGUAAACUAAAUCUUUCAUACCGCAUGGGCAGACCACAUCGCACGCACUUACAGAUAUGUUACUAAUCUACAAACAACAUACUACCUAGCAUAACACAACUACACAGCAACAUAACCCACAACGUCCAAAAUCUAUUGCUAAGAUCAAUGUAUAUGUAAUGCUUUCCCUCUUUGUCACUCCUCUGAUUUCUACUCUCUGACAUGUCCAUCCUGAUAACUAACUAAGCGAGAACCUAAAUUGUGGUAAUACUGACUUAAGUUCAAACGCUUCCCUCCUCAAAAAUGCAACGCUACAGACCCCUCCAACAAUCUUCAGCAUAACUGACUCUGUUAUAUGCAUAUCUAGCCUAGCAUGUUUAGCGCGAACUACUGAUUUCACAUAGCCUAUUAUUUUCAUGUUUAAACUGCCACACUUUGAAGUGCUAUGAAAAUGCUUGCAGCUGCUGUCGUGGCUCUGCACGCUUGUUGUUACCUUAUGCACAAAUAAAAUAAAGAAUAAAAAAAAAAAAUGUAAAUUUAUUUUUAAAAAAGCCAGUUUUCUUAAAUUUGCUCCUUCAGUUUUUUGGGAAAGAAUUCGGACACUUCCUAAUUGACAGAUUCAUUAGAAUUUGGACAAAAUUUGAUUUGCAAUGAAACAAAUUACACAUACCCAAUUCCAUCUACGAAAAAAGCUCAAUGUCUGUUUCUUUAAUUUAAAAAUAGGUUUGAUUUAAGAGGAACUGAAAGUUCUUUGCCAUCCGCAUUUUAAUGGGCUUUAAAAUGUUGUGGCGGCAUAGAACGCCGUAAUGGCUUUGAGCCCAAGAGCCCAGGAAAUACUUACCUACCUAGAGAUCCGCUUUGGGGGGACUGCCUGACAACCCAGGCAGCCCCCCUCCGGCAAAUUAGGCCCCCAUGGAAUUUCCUUGAAGUCAUAGUUUUUACCGACUGCACGCAUGGUCCCACACAUGCCGAAAACGGUUCCAUAGGAUCGCGGCUAAGUGUCGCUGGCGAUCAACCAGGAACCGCAAAGUCAUCAUGCCGAAAAUAAUACCAUAGAAUCGCUGCUAAGUGCCGCUGGGGGACCGACCGGGAACCACGAAGUCUUCAUGCCGAAAAUAGUUCCAGGGCAUUCGCGGCUAAGUCCCCCUGAAGUCUAUUCGCGGUUUUGGUCCAUGCGAACGGCCGCCAGGGAGCUAGCGUUCGGUUCUAUGGAAAGUGCCGAACCAGGGGAACAAGGGGAAAUAAAAUAUGGGUCUUUACAGUCGUUGACAUGGCCCAUAGUCUUUUGGCAAAAGGCUGGCCAGCAGGCCCCUACAAGAGCCCGUGACGAGGUUCAGUUCGUCACAAUGUAUAUUUAUGUAAAAUGUUUACAUAAUUAGGUGAUUUUAUUAAUUAUAAUUUGAAGGACCUGCCUGACAACCCAGGCAGACAGUCCAGAAAAUUUAGUUUGCAAGCUCUACAUUUAACCCUGUAACUUUCCAAAACACUAUCAAACCUGUACAUUGUAGGUACUGUUGUACUAUUGAGACUCCACUGAAUUAAAAUAUGGGUGUUUUUAAAUAGUAAACCUUAUCACGACAAUGAUAUCACCAGUAAAAUUGUUGGUUUUGGUUUGGUUUUUUUAAAUGCAAAAAUACUAAAAUAAAUGCUAGCUUUAGUCAGGAUUUGUGACUCUGUAACUACUAAAAAGACUGGACAUACCCCAUGUUGAAUACUCUGAGUGGACUACUUUUUCAAAUGGUAUGUCAUGGUGGGGGGAAUUCUUAAUCCUGAUUUUCCAUACAGUCUGUAAAAGAAUAUACCCAAAUAUGGCAAAUUUCAAUUUGCAAAAAUGGAACUGGGCAAGUCUUAUAUUUGACCUUGUAAUUUUCCAAAACACCAUAAAACCUGUACAUAGAGAGGUAUUAUUGUAUUUGUGAGGCAUUACAGAAUACAAAUAUGAGUGUUUAAGAGCAAUUAACUUCCAUGCAGAAUUAAGAAAAUAACAAAAUUUCCCAAUUUCUCACAAUUUUUUACAUUUUAUUCAUAUUAAAUUAUGUUUCAUAUAUAUAAUGUGAAAUGAAAGCCCUGUUUCUUGUAAACAAAAUUAUAUUUAAUAAGUAAAGGUGCUCUUAAUAUGAAAAAGGUAAAAUGCCAGUCUUUGUUUUGAUCAGCACUUGUACAAUUGGCUUUGUCCUUAAGGGGUUAAACUUGGCAGUUUUAACGCAAAGCAUUUGAAACGUUGAAUGUAAUUUUAUCAACGCUCCAUUUUUAACUUCCCACACUAUUACAGAGCCGUUUCUAGUGAUACAAUAUAUAAUGUCGCUAUUUAAACAAACGGAAAAAAAAUCCUUGAUUUACAAUGUAAGUGUCCAAAAUGCAUAUAUUUUAUGUUUUGCAAUAUUUUAUGUAAUAUUUUCUAAAUAUUUCUUUGUUUAGGUGAAAAGGGAGAUCCCGGGGUACCUGCACCUGGCCGUAAGUAUCACAUUUGGUAAGUAAAAAGAAACCAAUUCUAUUAUAUAGUACAAUCACCUAGGAAAUAACCUCAUGAUGUUUAAAGUAAUUAUUUGUUCCAUUAACUAUAAUCAGAUGUAAAAACCAAAGAAAAAAGUUACCUGCGCUCUCUCCUUAAUCCCUAUGUAUAUUUAAACAAAUGGAGGACAUUUAGUUACUCCAAUGGCCACUGGAGGGAAUUUAUAAUCAGAGGUAGUUUAUAUUUUAUACAUUUAUGAUUCAACACAUGUAAGAUUCAGUUGCCGCCUAUUAAAAAGUAAUUUCUGAUGCUUAAACGUCUGGCAUUUUGUGUGUUUUAAUAAGCAGCAAUAUUUAAUCUCCCUUUUUGAUUGGCUGCAUUAAAUUGAAUCAGGAAGUUAAACAGCUAACCGUCCAAUCAGCAUGAUCCUCUCUCUUUCUCUGUCCUCCAGCUGCCCAGAACUGUAAGGAGCUGUUGGACUAUGGAGCUUCUCUGAGCGGUUGGUACACAGUAUACACAAGCAAUGGGCUUCCUCUCACUGUGUACUGUGACAUGGAGACUGACGGAGGAGGAUGGCUAGUAAGUAUGGCCACUAAGGUUUAAUUCUCUUUAUGUAUUUAAAUGUUUCUAUUGGAUACACUUCCCCCCUCCCCCCACCUUGUCUUUCCUCCAAGUUAUACAUGUUUAGUAGCCCUUCUCUGAACUCUACUCUACUCCAAGUGAGGUCUCACCAGUGUUCUGUACAAUGGCAUGAUCACUUCCCUCUUUCUACUGCUAAUACCUCUCCCUAUACAACCAAGCAUUCUGCUAGCAUUUCCUGCUGCUCUAUUACAUUGUCUGCCGACCUUUAAGUCAUCAGAAAUAAUCACCCCUAAAUCCCUUUCCUCAGAUGUUGAGGUUAGGACUCUAUCAAAUAUUCCAUACUCUGCCCUAUCUUGCACUUAUCCACACUGAAUGUCAGUUGCCACAGCUCUGACCAUUUUUCUAGUUUACCUAAAUCAUUUGCCAUUUGGCUUAUCCCUCCUGUUGCAAAUCAUUGAAUCAUCAGCAAAAAGACAUACCUUACCAUCAAGACCUUCUGCAAUAUCACUAAUAAAAAUAUUAUAUAGAAUGGGUCCAAGUACAGAUCCCUGAGGUACCCCACUGGUGACAUGUCCAAGCUUCGAAUAUAUUCCAUUGACUACAAUCCUCUGUUGCCUGUCACUCAGCCACUGCCUUACCCAUUCAACAAUAUUGGAAUCCAAACUUAAAGAUUGCAGUUUAUUGAUAAGCUUUCUAUGUGCAACAGUGUCAAAAGCCUUACUGAAAUCUAGGUGAGCAAUGUCUACUGCACCAACCUGAACUAUUAUUUUAAUUACACAAUCAAAAAAAUCAAGAUGUCUUUACUUUAGAAAGUUGAAAUAGAACCUCUUCCUCUGUAAACUCACAUGUAGCAAAUGACUCGUUAGUCUUUUUCCUAACUGAGGCCCCUUUCCUUCAUUUUCAUCUGUAAAUACUGAACAAAAAUAUUCAUUGAGGCAGUCAGCUAGACCUUUGGUCUCUUUUACAUACUUGCCUUCUAACUGUAGCAAAUAGUAUACAAGCUAGGAUUGUUUUCUUAAAUUGUUUGCGAAUACAUGGGAAGCCUUCCUACAGAGCAGGGAGACGUUAAUUCAGAGAUAACAUAUAAGAAUCAAAGUUUAUCUUUUUUGAUAUAUUAGGGGCAGAUUAGAUUGGCUAACUGGCUUUUUUUUUUACUGGUAAAAUAAUUAUAUGUAUUAUAAGCUCACUAUAAAAAACCUGCUCCCUGCGACCAAUGAUAACGUUAAUUUCCCCGGAUAUCAUGGUAAAGCUCAGUUUAACCAGAUCACUAACCAUCUAUUAGAACAAGGUCACACAAAUAGAGAGCAGAAUAUCUACCAUUGCUUGGAACCUAUUGGGCUAACUGUUGUGGUCGUGACCUAAAUAUGAAUAUUAAUCUCUUAAUACAUAAUAAUUAAGCAAUACGGAACAACAUUAAUAUUUUUAUAAUUCAUGGUAUUAUGGUCGAAUAUGUGGAUAGAAAAUACACAAAACGUUGUAAUAUUAAAUGUAUAUUUAAUAUAACUAUAACAAAUAAACAGAUGCUAGCAGAAUGUCAAUUUACUACAAUUAAGAUACAAUACAAAACUACAACAUAUUACUUACAAAAGGUUGCUACAUGUUACACAACACUUUACUUACAAGGCCCCAGCCCUUUGGCUGGGGUUAAGUCAGAGCUGGUGCUACAUCUUAGGUUCAGUCAGUUACAGGCAAAGGGACAGAGUUUUCUCCUCCAUCUGGUUUUUAUUCAGUGUAAGUAGGCUGGCCUGUGAUGUCACUGCCAGAAGCACAUGUCUUCCUACACACUCCCCCUAGUGGUGCCCCCAAAGCAUUACACUAAAUAUGCUUUCUUUAUGAUGUAAAGUCAUUAAUUAAUAAAUACCAUUACACUAACUGCUAACCCUUCACAUGUAAUUAGGUUUUCCAGAGAAGGAUGGAUGGGUCGGUGGAUUUUUUCCGAGACUGGAAUUCCUGGGCUGGGGAACGAUCAUAUUCACCAACUUACGUCCACAGGUAAUAUUCAUGUUUCCUACUGCAAGCAAGCCCCCGCCAUUAUACUUAACAUGUUCACUACCAAGUACUACUAGCAUAACAUUUUUAGAAACCUGAGAUGAAUAGUUAGCACACUGGCGUAGUUAGAAUAGUUAGAGAAAUACUAUGUAUUAUUUCUCUCAAUGAACAAUCAGUGAUAGACUGUGAGCGUCAACUUACUUAAUCAUCUUAUAAAUGGCCAUUCAGCAAAACCUUCUCGUAGUGCAGCAUGGAAAGAAGUCACGAGGAAGAGGUACGAGGUGCCGGAGCCACAAUUACAGGUUUAAACCAUUGGAAAACAGUUUAAUCCCGAAGGUAAGAUAGAUCUUAGAAACUUCUGCACCAAUAAUAACUUAAAUAAGUUAUUUUGCUAUAGGGGCUGUUCCUUUAAUUAUUGUUUUAUGAGUGACUUUUUGUUUAAUAUUAAAGAUUAACCCAUGUAUACACAGGGCUCAGCUGGAACGGGAUAUCCUCAGAAUUUAAUUAGGGAGAUGUGAUAAUUCCAGAAAGCUACUGAUUUGUAGAAUUGUUUCGAAGGUGAUAAUUUUGGUCUAAAUAUUCAAAAUCAGCCUUUGAUACCCAACAUCAAUUGAAUCAAUAAGAAAAUAUCCAUAAAUCUAAUUUCAGACUUCGUGUCACUUUCCUUCCUGUAAAAUCAAACAGAAUACCCGACAGACACCCGAACAGAUAAAUAAACAAACCUCGACCGUGUCCAUCAGUAUCUGAUUGUACUCAGUGCGUUAUUCCAUGUUUACCUUCUAUGGAUUCUUUAUAAACCAUGUUGUUUUGCCCAGCGCUGCACGUCAUAAAUAAUAAUUCACUUUUCUGAUAGGAACAUACAACCUCCGCUUCGAUUUCAUGGAUUUUGAAAACAGCAGAACUUACGCCACAUACAGCAACUUCAAAAUCACAGGGGAGAAUCUGAAUUACACUCUGAGUUUGGGGUCAUUUACUGGAGGGACUGCAGGUAUGACAGGUGCAGGCUGACUUUGUAUUGAGACCUUUCCUUCUCCAUAUAUUUAAAUUGUGUAUUACCUUUUUUCAUAACCACUGGUAAAUAUGCUCCUAGGUGUAAACGCAUCAAGAGUUGGCCGGCUGGCCACCUUAGCGCCCCCAUGAGAUGGCAGACUGUGCUAUAAAGCAGAUUAGGCACCUUCUUACCGGGAUGGCAGGUGCCUACCCUGCCUUAAGACAGGGUGAUAAUGAAGGCGUUAAGGAAGCUGUAAUCUUCAUGAUCGUCCAGCACUGUUCCCUAGUGCGCCCUGCAGUGAUGCCGGGAGUCGGGAUAUGACGUCACUCCGGCCCAGACAUCACUAAGGGAGUAGUGCUGGAACAGCACAAAGAUUACACAAGCCUACACUGGACCCCAGGACCCACUCCAGCUCUCCCAAAGUUAGUGAGGCUAGGUGUACUUAAAUAAUAAUAAUAAAAAAUAAUAAAAAUGUGUGAGUCAGAAGUAGAAAAGAUGCUUUGCAAAGGAACACUUUAGUGUUAAAAAUAUAAAGAUGACUCCAUCUCCACCUUCACCGACCUCAUCCUCAGUGAGAACCUAAUGCAAAUGUGUGGAGAGUUCCGCGCAUGCAUUAUGCCUUCACCAUUGGAAGGAAUUGAAUCAAUGCUUUCCUAUGGGGGAUUUGAAAGCGCUGAGUGUCCUCAUGCAAAGCUUGGGAAUGUCCAGCGUUGUUUUACCAAGUUAAACGUCGUGGCAUAGCAGGAAGCUGCCAUUAGUGGCUGUCUGGUAUACAGCCACUAGAGGCAGUCUUAGCCCUGCAAUUAAAACAUUGCAAUUUCUCUGAAACUACAUUGUUUUCAAUUGCAUUGCUAAAAGUCGGGGACAGUACACUAAGACCACUACAAUGAGAUGAAGUGGUCUUGCUGCCUAUAGUGUCACUUCCAGGUGGUUUUAUGAUGCACUGAGCUCAUUUUAGGAAUUCUAGGAAUAAAUUUGAUAGACUAUUUAAAUAUGGUCACAGUACGCAGGCAGGAUGAUUGAUUUAUAGGAUCUCUGUUUAUGUUAAGCGUUUAAACACAUAUCACUGGAUAGUUUGCACAUUUAAGGGACUGCGCUAGGUGUUUACACAUCGUCUUCUCUUCCAUUUACAGGUGACUCCUUCCAUGAUCACAGAAACACACAAUUUUCUACCAAAGAUAGAGAUAAUGACCUCCGUACCCCUGAUGGCUGUGCCAAUCUUUACAGUGGUGGCUGGUGGUAUUUUGACUGCCAUUAUUCAAACCUGAAUGGGCUGUAUCUGCGGGGAACUCACAACAGCUACGCCAACGGGGUAAACUGGCAUUCUGGCCGUGGUUACAAUUACUCAUAUAAGAUAUCAGAGAUGAAGAUCCGACCUCAGUCUAACUAACUGGUAGUCACGGUAUACAUGGAGGAAACAAUGUAUUAGAAUGUCAAAUUCUGCCCCAUAUCAAAUGUUGACUGUAAUCUGGCAGAAUAAUUAAACUGAAGAUCAGUCAGGUUAAUGUUUGGCAAUGGUUUGAGAAUUAUAUACACAUAAAUAUUACAAUUAUGAAUAAAUGGCAUGUAGAAAUGUGACAUUAAAAGUUCAUCAAUCUGAAUAAAAUAAGGAAAAUACUAUACUAAUUGCUUACUGCUGUCUUCACGAUGUUGGCAUGGUGUGCUGCGAGAGGCAGGUCAAUCAAAGGGCACCAUGUGCGUUUCCCCAUCCUUGGAGUCAGGGACAUGCAGAGCCCUCUCCCCAUAUGCCAACAAUGCCAAACCGGCAUAGAGUCCCGCCUACUCAACUGAAGGGUGCCAUCUACUUAAAUAGGCUCAUAGACCCCUCAUCAUGGGUGGGCUUCCAUUCCCCCGCUCCCCCAUCCCCUUAUUUAAACCUAGACCACCCUGGGUUCUUUGCUCAGUUGUCUUGUGAACUCCCAGAGGUUACAAGCCUCCUUUGCUUGAAUAUCUGUUGAAUAUCUGAAUUUCCCCUCACUCUCCUGCCUGAUCUAGCCUUGGUUAACCAUUGACUGCCUGAUCCUGCCUUUGUUAACCCUUGCCUGCCUGAUCCUGUCCUGGAUCCCUAGUUAACCUCUGCCUGCCUGAUGCUGUACUGGAUCCCUAGUUAACCUCUGUAUGCCCAAUCCUGUCCUGGAUCCCUAGUUAACCUCUAUCUGCCUAAUCCUGUUCUGGAUCGCUAGUUAACCUCAAUCUGCCUGAUGCUGUACUGGAUCCCUAGUUAACCUCUGUCUGCCUAAUCCUGUCCUUGAUCCCUAGUUAACACCUGAUUGCCUGACCCUGUACUGGAUCCCUAGUUAACCUUGGCCUGCCUAAUCCUGUCCUGGAUCCCUAGUUAACCUCUGCCUGCCUAAUCCUGUCCUGGAUCCCUAGUUAACCUUGGCCUGCCUAAUCCUGUCCUGGAUCCCUAGUUAACCUCGGCCUGCCCAAUCCUGUCCUGGAUCCCUAGUUAACCUCGGCCUGCCUAAUCCUGUCCUGGAUCCCUAGUUAACCUUUGUCUGCCUAAUCCUGUCCUGGAUCCCUAGUUAACCUCUGAAUGCCUGAUUCUGUCCUGAAUUCUUGGUUAACCUCUGAAUGCCUGAUCCUGUCCUGGAUCCCUAGUUAACCUCUGAAUGCCUGAUCCUGUCCUGGAUCCCUAGUUAACCUCUGAAUGCCUGAUCCUGUCCUGGAUCCCUAGUUAACCUCGGAAUGCCUGUCCUGUCCUGGAUUCCUAAUUAACCACUGAAUGCCUGAUCCUGUCCUGGAUUCCUAGUUAACCUCUGAAUGCCCGAUCCUGCCCUGGAUUCCUAGUUAACCUCUGCCUGCCAGAUCCUGUCCUGGAUUGCCUGGUUAACUUCUGCCUGAUUCUGGACCCCUGGUUAACCUCUGCCUACCUGAUCUUGUCCCAGAUCCCUAGUUAACCUCUGCUCAUCUGAUCCUGAACCCCUGGUUAACCUCUGCCUGAUCAUUGCCUGGUUAACCUCUGCCUGAUCAUUGCCCGGAUUGCCUGGUUAAGCUAUGCCUGCCUAAUCCUGUACUGGAUAAACUUGCUAAAUACAAUCUGUGUGCUGGUCCUGCCUGGAUUAUCUUGUUAAAGACUUUGUUUUUAAUAAUACAUGAAGUGAAUAUGAGUAAAUCGCAUUUAUCUGACGCUGGAUAUCCUCAUGGACCUCCAGCGUCAAAUAAGAUCCCCAUAGGAAAGCAUUGAGUAAUGCUUUCCUAGGGUGGGUUUGAAUGCGCACGCGUCUGGACGCACAUGCGCAUUCGGCUCCACUCGGGAGCUGACUUCGGCAGGGGAGGAGAGGUCACCAGCGCCAAGGGAGCCCGACGCUGGAUUAGGGUAAUUGGCUGAAGGGGUUUUAACCUCUUCAGCGCAGAGAGAGGGGGCCCUAAGGGAGGGAGGCCCCAACAAGGGCACUCCAAAAUCCUAUAGUGCCAGGAAAAAGGGUUUGUUUUCCUGGCACUAUAGGAUCUCCUUAAUACAAAAUAAGAAGUUUGCAAUGUUGUUACCCAAUAUUCCAUCCACAAGCACUUCCUGCACAGUUACCUGUUACGUGGAGAGAAUGGAAUACAAACAGUACUGGACUCAUUGAGUAACAGUUUGAGUAACAAUGCUGCAGUAACAUUUAGUAACACAGUCCUUCAGUAAACAGAUCUGUGUAUUAGCAGGUUGGGGCUCAGACUAGUAGCUUGCUGGGUAGCACCAGGUCUCUAGUAUCCAGACACUGACACAAAUCUGCUGUAACUGCUCAUUAACCCCUUAAAGACACACGACAUGUGUGACAUGUCAUGAUUCCCUUUUAUUCCAGACGUUUGGUGCUUAAGGGGUUAAAGGGACACUAUAAUCACCCAAACCACUUCAGCUCAUUGAUGUACUCUGGGAGCAAUGUCACUGUCCCACUUGGUCCUGCAAUGUAAAUCAUUACAGUUUUUGAGAAACAGAAAUAAUUACAUUGCAAGACUAAGACUGCCUUUAGUCACUGUCAAUCAGACAGCCAGUAGAGGCACUUCCUGGUGGCUAAACGGAUUUUAAUCGCCUGAGGCUGGAUAUCCUCACGCUAUGCAUGAGGAAAUCCAGCGUCUGUAAAUUCCCCAUAGGAAAGCAUUGCAGCAAGCUUGUGUUACAUUUUUUUCCAUGAGAUGUGCUGUGUUCUUUUAGACGUGUAUUAAAGAUUAAACAAUUGACAUCACAAUCCAGUUGAGUCUUGGCACAGCCAGAUAUAGUAUUGUUUCUGAUUCGCCUCCUAUCUCUAUGCUCGCCCUCUACUGGCUGCUAGGUGUAAAAGGCAGAUCUUAUCUUAUUAUUAGAACAUUUAUUAUUAUUAUUAUUAUUAUUAUUAUUGGUAUUUAUAUAGCGCCAGCUUGUUCUGCAGCGCUUUACAAUAAGAGUGGAAUUUACCAAAUAAGACAAUAGCAAAAUGUAACAGGAAUAAUAGGUAGUUGAAUACCCUGCUGAAACGAACUUACAAUCUAGAAGAGUGUAUAGCGCCUUUAUUCCCUGGUUCUUUACUGCUUAGUAAGAUCAUUUUGAGUAAUAUAAAUAAUAUAAGCCAUUUUAUUGGCAGCCAGUGAAGGCGGUGGUGGAUGGAGGUCACACGGCAGAUUGUGGACUUGCCAGUUAGCAGUCUUGAUGUAGCAUUUUAUACCAGCUGGAGACGAUGGGGGAACCUUCUAGGAGACACUGCCAUCUACCCUAUAGCAUGCUCCCUCUCUGCCAUUCCUAGGGCAUGUCCAUCAGAUCUCAAACAUUCCUGUUCACUGAUAAUGUCAUUGGUGGUUACAUGGUCCGGUGGGAACUCGGAACGCUGCCCAUCAAUGUAAGGAGGUCAGGAAGUGACUCAACGUUGGAAGAAGGAGAGUAAAAAACUCGAAAAUCCUUUAAAAAGCUCCACCCCUUCUCGAAAUUUGUCGACCUGCAUUUCAUACAAGAGGAAAAAUAUGAACUACUUUAUCUAUUUAUCAAUAUAUAAGGCAAGUUUUUUUUUUAGUUUUUUUUUUUUUAAGAAAAUAAAAUUAGUUGAGAUGUCCAGGUAUUAGUGAUGUCCCGAACUGUUCGCCGAACGGUUCGCCACGAACGGUUCGCCGCAGACUCAUCAUUGAGUAAACUUUGACCCUGUACCUCACAGUCAGCAGACACAUUCCAGCCAACCAGCAGCAGACCCUCCCACCUCCUGGACAGCAUCCAUUUUGCAUUCAUUGUGAAGCUGCAUUCUUAGUGAGCUGUCCAGGAGGUGGGAGGGUCUGGGAGGGAGGGUCUGCUGCUGAUUGGCUGGAAUGUGUCUGCUGACUGUGAGGUACAGGGUCAAAGUUUACUCAAUGAUGAGUCCGUGGCGAACCGUUCGCGAGCCGUUCGGGACAUCACUACCAGGUAUUUACAAUUCAACAAUAUAAGGAAAACAAGGGAUAUAACUGCUAUAAAUGUGAGUUGUGGGAAAUAAAGUGAAUUUAAUAAUUCAGACCAUAAUAAUGAAUUGCCCUGGAAGUGGUUCAUUCAAGCAACAAAUUGUGAGUAGAAAAACCUCCAGUUUGGUUAAACUAAUCAUUUUGCCUCUACCUAUCUAUAUCAAGUCAUUACUUAGCUCCCCACAGCUCCCUUUUAUUUACCGAACCAAUACUCCCAAAAAUUUUUUUGAAAUAUAUGGCACCCCUCUUUUACGGUAAUGCAGAACAUUGCUUAAAACUUUAUUCUUCAUGCGAUAAUGCAAACCUAAUCUUACAAGAUAUCAGUAGAAGUAAAAAAUAAUGCCAGGAAAGGGAAACAUUCAGAAAUGAUGAAUCUAUAAAGCCAAAUCAGAUGACUAAAAAGAAGGUGUGACUAUCAGUGGUUAAAAGAGGUAUGUCUGCAAUCAAACAUCUCCGUAUGAUGAAAUUCUCGUUGCUAAACACCAGAAAUUCCGUUCCUGGCAUACAGUCGUUGCUGCCUAUUUAAGGAUGAGGGGCUUGUUGUACUUUAGACGAUACUCUCCAUCUGUUCCAGAGAUCCCAUAAAACUCUUCGACUCCAGCAGCUACAGGGAGUAAGAUGAGGGACUGCGCAUAUUCAUCAUUGAGCAUUCUCGUAUCGCUGGCCACCAUUCUGUGUUAUGCUGAAGACACCUGUCCAGGUGAGCUAUGAAUGAUCCCUCACUCUGAUCAUUGAGUUUAUAUUUUUACUGAUUGGAGAAGCUCACUUAGAAUUUAUUCUUUAAAUAUGAGCUGUUGUGAACAGACAAAUGAUUUAAACACAUUUCCAGUAAACAUAGGCAUACAACUUCCCUUUUGCUACUUACAAUUAUAAUAUAAGGUCAACAGAAGUGAAAAAUAAAUUAAAAACAAAAAACAAAGUGAAUAUAAACACAUAGUUAUAUACACACUUGUUCUUUAUAAAGGUCCCACACUUUGAAUGUCAAAGCAUAUUGAUUGGUUGACUUGAAAGCGAGCCAAUCAAAGUGCUCUGAUAUGCAAGUCUUGCUUGUCACUUGACUUGCCAAGCAAUGUAUAUAGACAUAAAUCUAUAUUAUUUAUUACUAAUGAAAAGAUCUAAUUGGUUGUUUCAGUGUGAGAGAGUCUAUCAGGUCUCACUUAUGAAUGACGGAUGGAUAUUGUGAAAAUCAGUAAAAACAAGUCAUUAUUUCUUGUGAAUAAAUAUGUAAGAAUAAUAGAUAAAAUUAGGUUCUUCUAAUACCACUUUUAUUGGACUAACAGAAUUUUGCUUUCGGGAGAUCCUCCCUUUAUCCAUUCUAAAGUUGAGAAAGUGAGAAAUGCUUUAAAUGUGAGAAACAUACGAUCUAUCCAAACUUUGCCAAAAUUCUGAUACACUUAAAAAAAAAGGUAUUACUAGAUACCAAUUUCAUCAGUUAUUUUACAUCUGCAUCACUGGACUAAUACGGCUAAAAUUUCAAAUCCAAAUCUGGAAUGAAGGAAAGUUAUAAAUAAAUGGAAUAUACAGCCCUUCUAUACAGCCAAACAAAUGUUAUAAUGUAAUGUAAUGUUACUGAUCUUUAUAGUAUAAGGUUUCUAGUUAUGUAGACAAUAAACAGCUAUUUGUGGUGACUCGAGAACCAGUUUGGAAGAUGUUGGAUAAAAUAAUCGUGAUUGUAUUUGUAGCGGAUAGCAUUGGGCUGUCCUAAAAAUUACAGUUAUUCCUAUGUGUUCGGUUGAAUUAUAACCUAUGUAUGUGAAAUUUAUGCAGCAUUCGUCUGAUUGUUCGGUAGAAUCACUCCAGUUAGUAGGAGAGUGAAACUACCGAACAGUCAGACCACUCCAUAGUAAGUGUGCCUCCAAUUACCGUUUGCAACAAUGUUGCGAACGGGUAAUUGGCAAUCCGUGCAGUGAGUUCUUUGUUCUCUGGGUGGCCGCCACGUGGCAGUGGCCAUUUUAAACUCCAGAACAGCGGUGUUUUGCCGUCGAGUGUCUGGAACUCAAAUCGGACACUCGGCUAGGCAAACACCGCUGAGACCUCCACACUGCCCUUAAAUUCGUAUAGAAACUACUGAACUGCCACCCGUUCGGUAGAAAGAAACCCACGAACAAGGGGAUUUAUGCGAACUCCCCCUAGUCUCCAUAGCAUAAGUCUUUCGUAAAGUUUAUUCGCGGUCGGUCUUUUUAUUACAUCCAUAAAUUUCCCGAACCCCUGGUCCAAUCUGGGUGAUUUUUGGAUAGGUCACUCACCCAGAUCAGGGCUACCAGGGGAUGUAAUAUUUAAAGGGGUACCCAUAUGUUUAAGGGUACAUCCAGAAACCCAGGGAAUUUGUGUCCUGUAUAAUGGGAUUAUGAGUCAAGCUACGCGGAGGAGAUGUGUGGGCGGCUACUCAGGUAUGAUUGGAUACUGUACUAAUUAUUGUAAAUCCCUCCCUUGCAUGGGAGAAUGCUUUAAAAGAAGGUUGUGUGGAUUAAAAGUUCAGUUCUUCUCCUGUUACUGUGUGUCGUCCAGUCAUUGGGAUCUGUACGGGGAUAUUGUUGGAUUGUUUUGCCUGCUGGAAUUAUUGCCUUAUGGAUUUCUAAUACUUGUUCCUGAGCCUCACUGGGUUCUUAAGUCGAGAUAACCUGUGGAAUAUCAGCUCUCCGCUACAGUAUUUAUCUCCAGUUUAGUAGAUAUGUUGAUUUUCAUUUACUAUUUAGGAUUGUCAUUUUUAAACUUAUUUUUAAGUUACCACAAAUCAUUACACUUAGUAGAACUCAAUAUCGUCUGUAAAAUAUGUUUGUGCCACCUGAAAGAAAAAAAUGCACAAAAAAUGAGUUUAAGUUUGCAGACAAAGACAUUGAAACCUAUGGCGUCAGUAAGAGUCUUGGAAAUUGAGUCCUUACUACCCUGUAAUUAUUAUUCCUAUUAUCAGUAAUAUUAUCAUUUUUAUAGUGUCGGAAAUUUCCACAUAGUUUUACUUUCACACUGUGAGACGUAGACUAGUAGAUGUAAGAGGUGAAGAAAGCCUUACUCAAAAGAGCUGACAAUCUGAAUCUGAUUAAUUAGGAAAAAAUGAUCAAUCUAUGAGGUUCAUUCACUCAACAGCUAUUUGUAUUGAUUUUUAAAAAUCAGAUCACAGAUUUAAAGGAAAAACAUCUGAUUUGGAAAUAUUCUCCAACUUCACUAUCGUCCCAGCUAGUCUAUUAUAACCUAAAAUGUGGAAUAUGGCUUUUAACUGGUGAAACAUUAUAUAUAUAAUGUGUUUCUUUCUGGGCAGAUGUGAAGCUUAUUGGUGUUGGCGAGUCGGACAAGCUGGCCAUUUUGCGAGGAUGUCCGGGAAUUCCUGGAACACAAGGAAUACAGGGAGUGCAAGGACCAGCAGGACCUAAAGGUGAUCUCAGAUGUAUCAACCCAGAGGUUAAUUAUCAUAAUGAUGUCACAUUGCAUUUUUCAGUUAUAAUGUAUCCAGCCCAGUAAUCCUGAGAAUCUGAGAAAUCACAAUGUAAAAUGGUUUUAGAUAAAAAGUAUUCUACUAACCCCUCUGGUGACUUAUUUGUAGGAGAAAAAGGCUCGCCUGGAACUCCCGGGAAGAUAGGACCAAUAGGGCUUAAAGGUAAACUAACUCUAAAUAGCAAUAUAUUAGGAGAAUACUAAAUGAGAAUACAGAAUAUGGAAUCACAUUUCAUUAUCACUGUACGAUACUUUCUACAUAUUUAAAUGCUCAUAAAUCGCUAAACUAAUGCAGUCUUAUACUGUCAUGUCAACUGUACAAAGAUGUUGAGAGAGAGAAAUAGAAAUGCAAUGUGCUAAAUCUGAUACAAUCACCAUAGAAUCUAGAAUUUGAAUGUAGAACUUUAUCCCAGAAUUGCUUCAUCAAAGAGCAGAGUCAUCAUCAGGGGAUAAAGCUGGUACCCAGGUAAGAGCUCUGGCAAUACGCUGGGGGCCAUCUAUGUGAACUGGUUGGGUUCUAACAUAGCAGGUCCCUUACUUCAUGCUUUCCUUUCACCCACAUGGGGCAUCGACUGCAACUGCUCCACCCCAACACCCGCAGAAGGAAACCAUGUGGGAGUGAAAGGAAUAGACUGCACUGGUUCAGCCCAUUCCCCAAUAGACACCAUUAAAGUCAUCGCCCGGCAGCAGUGGAUAGACAGACAGGAAAAUGGGUAGAACCAAGAUGGAUCGUGUGUAAAAUAAAUCUCUGGCCAUGUGUUGAUGUGUGUACCUGUGUGAGUGGGUAUCUAGCAAUGUGUUCCUGUGACUGUGUGUAAGUGCAUUACUGUGAGUGUGGCUGAGACUGUGUGUCUAGGAAUGUUUGUGUAUGCGUGUAUGUGAUAGUUUGGAAGAGCCCAGUCAGUUGUUUUUAAGAGGCCACAAAGCUUCUAAAGCCAACCGUGGAUGUGCCAGUCACUGAAUGAGCAAGAUACGUGGACCAUACAUUGUCAUCACGUGCCCCCAAUCCAUGGCCAGGGAAUCUCCUCAUUCCACAUCGAAAGCGGUGCAAAGGACUUACUGAGGGGCUUAUAAUUAUAUAGAUCUAAUUCUCUUCCAGGUGAUAAAGGGGCCACAGGCGCACAAGGACAAAAAGGUAAUAAAUAGGUUAAUUCAGGAUAAACCUUUAUGGUGGGUAGAAUUAGCAGAUACAAAUUAUAAAGAAUAAAGUAAAGAACAAACAAAUUUUGAAUUGCUUAAAAUUUGGAAAUUAUUGAUUCAAAAUUAACCACAAUUGAGAACAAUUUCUGAAUGAAAAACACAUUUUAGAUGCAUUCCAAAGGAUACCAAGUUAGGGUGCUGUUUGGCAGAUAGCUCUGUAAUUUUAUAUCUUCAAAAACAGUAAUCUCACAUAAGGGUACCACUUUAGGGAGCUAUUUACUAAGGCUGCCUGAAAGAUCAAACUUAAUAAAUGGGCUUUUUUCUUCAUUUUGAUCUUUCAACUGUGUAGUAGAUAACGCUCUAAUUUGCUAUCCUUAUGUGGGAUUGCCAUAUUUAAAGGUACCAGAUUAGACAUUUAUCUCCAAAACAAUGGAAACAGCAACGUUAAAAAAAAGGACAUUUAUUUUUGCUCUUUCAACUGUUUGGUAGAAAUUAGGAACUGAAACAAUUAUUGCUGAAUCUAGAGGGAUCCAUUAGCCAUAAGAGUUUUAAAGCAAAACAUUUUAAAUGCGGAAUGUAAUUUUAUCAACUGCAUUUAUUAACUUCACACUUAUCUAUUACAGAGCCGUUUAUAGAGACACAAUAUGUGAUGUCUCUAUUUAAACAUACUUAAAUAUUCUUAGAGUUACAAUGUAACUGUCCAAAAUGCAUAUAUUUUCUGAUUUGCAAUAUUUUUUAAUAUUUCUUUGUUCAGGUGACAAGGGAGAUCCCGGGGUACCUGCCCCUGGAAGUAAGUAAAUAAAUAUAAAUCUAUUUUAUUAUAUAGUAAAACUGACUAGGAAAUGGCCUCUUUAGGUUUAAUGUAAUUAUUUGUAGCAUUAAUAAUAAUCAGAUACAGUGUAUAUUAUAUAAAUAUUUAACGCAUGUAAGGUUUAAAUGGUUAAUCACAGAAGUGAGAAAUUGGUGCUUUUAAGGUGAAUUUGAAAUUUAAGAUUAGAGUAGCUAGACAAUGAAAGUAUAGCCGACAGAGACUUUUUCCAGUUACGGCUAUUAUGCCCUUAAAUUUGAAAUUUACCUUGAAGUCACGUUAAAUUCUCAUUUUAGGGAAUAAGCUUCUUAGCUGCCGCCUAUUAAAAAGUAAUUUCUGAUAAUUAAAAGUCUGGAAUUCCGAGUGUUUUAAUAAGCAGCAAUAUUUAAUCUCCCUUUUUGAUUGACUUCCUGAUUCAGUUUAAUGCAGCCAAACAGCUAACCAUCCAAUCAGCAUGAUCCUCUCUCUUUCUCUCUCCUCCAGCUGCCCAGAACUGUAAGGAGCUCUUGGACUAUGGAGCUUCUCUGAGCGGUUGGUACACAGUAUACACAAGCAAUGGGCUUCCUCUCACUGUGUACUGUGACAUGGAGACUGACGGAGGAGGAUGGCUAGUAAGUAUGGCCACUAAGGUUUACUUUCCUAGCAGACUACAGCUAAGGCAGACAUUAGACAGGUUGGUAAAACAGGCAAUAGGAGGGAGUGUUUCCAGGGCUGUUCUUAAAUAGAAUAAAUAAGUUCUACCAGCAAGAUUAUUUUAACUUGCAUUUCCACUUAGGUCCACAAGGGGUCUCUGCACUAUUGUGCUAUGUAACAUUGCAACCAUAACUCUAGAGUAAUGAUUUUUUUUAUAUAUAAGAAACAGGGCUGAUAAGUAACAACAAGAUUAGGGAUGUUUUUUUGAUAAGUAACAACAAGAUUAGGGAUGUUUUCAUAAAUGGUUGUGAAUACAUGGGACAGCCUUGCAGCAGAGCAGGGAGGCGUUAAUUCAUCGAUAAUAUAGAAUGGUCAGGGCUUGCGCUACCAUAAACUGGCACAAGCGGCUUCCUUAGGUCACACCGGCCCGGCGGAGGGUGUGCAAACCUCUGGGUUACUGGCAGGAGGAGGGAAGAGCACAGUGGUAGUUUACGCUGUGCACUUCCCCCCUCUCCUGUAGCGUGACCGAGCGCCCGGCUCACCAGCGCCAAUUUAUUUAAGGGUGAGGGAGCUCUGAUCCAUAUAAGCAUUGCCUGUAUAGCUCCUGGACAUGCCCUGUAGAGGUCCCAGGAGCAGGAAUGGGAUGCCAUUCCAGCCCAGGCACCACUGCAGGGCAUACCAGGGAGCUAUACAGGCAAUGCUUAUAUGGAUCAGAGCUACCCCAGAGGAACGCAGUGGCAGCCCACUGGACCCCAGGCUGUGGAUUCACUCUACUUCUCUUGAAGGUAGGGAGACUGGGUGGAUAUAAAAAAAAUAGCACCCCUAUAACACCACACUAAAACACUAUUGUACAGUGCAACAGAACUUGAUGGUGCUAUACAAAUAAUAAUAAAGUCCUGGAUCCUGUCCCUCACAUUUCUUCCCCCAUACCCCCACACUAAUGCACAGUGACACAGAAAGGGGCUGGUGGGAAAGUUAAAGAUACACAAGGGGGAAGUAAGACACAAUAAAGGGGGGAUAUAUUACAUUAAAGGAGGUACAUCAAAGGGGCAAAAGGGGGAAGACAUUCAAGAGAGAAUAUGAAAUACUAAAGGGGGUAAGAAAUUGAAAAAUGGCUUACGAGAUGCACAGGUGAAGAUGCAUUUUUUUCGGUUGGUAAGGGGGCGGCAAAAUUCAUCUUCGCCUGUGUAGCCAAAAAUCCGUGCCCCGCCCUGAUCUCAGUUUAACCCAAAUACUAACCAUCUAUUAGAACAAGGUCACUCAAAUAGAGAGCAGAACAUUUACCAUUGCUUGGAACCUAUUGGGCUAACUACUAACCCUUCACAUGUAAUUAGGUUUUCCAGAGAAGGAUGGAUGGGUCGGUGGAUUUUUUCCGAGAUUGGAAUUCCUACAAGCGAGGGUUUGGCCAUCAGGCCAGCGAGUUCUGGCUGGGGAACGAUCAUAUUCACCAACUUACGUCCACAGGUAAUGUUCAUGUUUCCUACUGCAAGCAAGGCCCCGCCAUUAUACUUUAUUAUUAUUAUUAUUAUUGCCAUUUAUAUAGCGCUAACAGAUUCCUUAGAGUUUUACAAUAUUAUGAGAGGGGGGAUUUAACUAUAAAUAGGACAAUUACAGGAAAACUUACAGGAACGAUAGGUUGAAGAGGACCCUGCUCAAACGAGCUUACAGUCUAUAGGAGGUGGGGUAUAAACACGUUAGGACAGGAAAUAUCAAUCAAAUAGGGUGGGAGUGAAGCAGAGCUGGAGGAGAGAGUAAAGCACUGCCCUAUUAUUAUUAUUAUGAUAUUUAUAGAACGCUGUCAAAUUCCACAGCACUUUACAAUGGGUGGACGAACAGACAUGUAGUUGUAACCAGACAAGUUGGACACACAGGAACAUAGGGGUUGAGGGCCCUGCUCAAUGAGCUUACAUGCUAGAGGAAGUGGGGUAAAAUGACACAAAAAGGUAAGGAUAGUAUUAGACUAGUGACAGUUGCAGAAGAGGAAUCAGUCAGGAGCUAUUAACAGUUUAAUUGAUAAGCUUUUAUGAAGAAGUGGGUUUUUAACGAUUUUUUGAAGGAGAGAGCAAGAGACAGGUAUGUAAGAUAGAGGUUACUCUGGGAGGCCAUAAGCUUUCCUGAAGAGAUGGGUUUUAAGGCUGUUCUUAAAUGAUUGAAGACUAGGGGAAGGUGAAGAGAGAUAUAAGAGGGGCUAGAAUUGUUCAGUGCUUUAAAUGUAUGGGUUAGCACUUUGAAUUGACUCUUAUAGGAUACAGGGAGCCAGUGUAAGGACUGGCAGAGGGGUGAUCUGUGAGAGGACCGACUAGAGAGGAAGAUCAGUCUAGCUGCAGCAUUCAUUACAGACUGUAGCGGGGCAAUGCGGCUUUUGGGGAGACCAAUCAGGAGAGGGUUACAGUAAUCCAUGCGGGAAAUUACUAGAGCAUGGACAAGCUCUUUAGUCGCAUCUUGCGUAAGAAAGGGGCGGAUGCGGGCUAUGUUUUUGAGUUGGAACCUACAGGAUUUGGCAACAAACUGGAUGUGAGGCUCAAAGGUGAGGCCAGAGUCAAACAUGACGCCAAGACAGCGUGCUUCCAAGGAUGGACUUAUGUGGAUAUCACUGACUUGAAGGGAGAGCGAGAGAGGAGGAUCAGUAUUAGGAGGAGGAAAGACAAGGAGUUCAGUUUUAGAGAGAUUGAGUUUCAGAAAGUGUGAGGACAUCCAGUCAGAGAUGGAAGAAACGCAAGCAGUGACAUGUUGCAGGAUGGCAGGGGAGAGGUCCGGGGAGGAGAGGUAUAUCUGAGUGUCAUCAGCGUACAGGUGUUAGUGGAAUCCAAAAGAGGCAAUAAGUUUGCCAAGAGAGGCCGUAUAAAGAGAAAAUAGAAGGGGACCAAGGACAGAGCCUUGGGGAACUCCAACCGAGACAGGACGAGGGGAGGAGGUGUGCUUGGAAAAGGAGACACUGAAUGAGAGGAUUCCUCAAAUGGCCUCAAAAUGCAAAUGUAAAAUAUAAGAUACACCUAAAGAAUAAAGGCAGAGAGAAAAUUCAUAGGGCAACACUGUAUAACCAGAAUGUGGCCCCUUUGUGUUAAUAAUGCACUCACAAGAUGUCAGAAUAUUAAGAGCCCAUCAAGGUUCCUUUAAAUGCUCCGCUACAGGCGUCCUCAGUGUCCCAGGGUACAUGUCAAAAGGAAAAAACUGGACAUACUACAGUAAUGCUUGAAAUAUAAAUAGACACUUUAAUUGAAUGCACUUACAAAAAGUGAAAGAUAAGUUAGUCUCUGUGUCCCUUUGUGUCAGUUGGAUAGGAGACCAGAAUAAGCAGUGGUACAAAGCUCUACGCGUUUCGUCUCCUAAUAGAGACUUCCUCAGGAGAAGAUAAAAUAAAAUCCAAUAAAAUACAAUUUGUAGCAACAAAAAUAAAACAUAACUCAAUGUCAACUUUGACAUUGAGUGGUUUUAUUUUUGUUGCUACAAAUUAUUCCUUAUAAUUUAAUGAGAGAGUUGUGACAAUUUAAAAUACCAGCUGAUUUGUAGAAUUGUUCCAAGGUGUUUUUUUUUUUUAAAACCUAAAUAUUCCAAAUCAGCCUUUGAUACCCAACGUCACUGCUAAGGAAAUAUCCAUAAAUCUAAUUUCAGACUUUGUGUCACUUACCUUCCUGUAAAAUCAAACAGAAUAUAACUCCUGGCUGGCAGACACCCGAACAGAUACAUAAACAAACCUCGACCGUGUCCGUCAGUAUGUGAUUGCACUCAGUGUGUUAUUCCAUGUUUACCUUCUAUGGAUUGUUUAUAAACCAUGUUGUUUUGCCAGCGCUGCACGUAAUAAAUAAUAAUUCACUUUUCUGAUAGGAACAUACGACCUCCGCUUCGAUUUCAUGGAUUUUGAAAACAACAGAACUUACGCCACAUACAGCAACUUCAAAAUCGCAGGGGAGAAUCUGAAUUACACUCUGAGUUUGGGGUCAUUCAUUGGAGGGACUGCAGGUAUGACAGACUUAGGCCAUCUGUGUAUUGUGACCCUCUGUUAUCCAUAUAUUUACAUGAUCUAUUAGAUAUUAUUCCUGCCGUUCCCAAAAUGACCUCUAGGUGUCAGAAGAACACCUUAAAACCUUUUAUACUCAUGAUGUGACUCAUUUAAUUUCACUGAGGGUUUAGUCACUAAAUGGUGAGUUGUAGAGCAUUGAUCAUGGAUUUUAGCACAAUAUAGCAAAAAGUAGAAGAAUUCUGAAGCUAGACUAUAUGUUCACUUAGUUUUUUGCUAAAAUGUUUACUUCCCUUGACAGUUCUAAAAAAUUCCAGAUUUAUCCAAUAAAUCCAUUAAAUGUUUUCUGUCUCUCUUAUAGGUCAACAAACUAAUACGUUUAUACCAAUCUUUUAAAUAUAUUUCAAAUACACAUGUACAAUACAUAGGGGUGGUCCUGCUAGGGAAGAUAAGAAUGGCAAAACUGUAAUGUAUUUUUAAAAAUAUAAAUGUGGUUUACGCUCACAAUUUGUAAGACCAAAGAGAGCCCUCCGAGUAAUGCUGGUUUCAGAUAUGUUCCCAUGUAUUCAAUUCAGAUGCAAUUUUGGGCUAUAUAAAAAAAAGAAAAUGCAACCAGAUAAAAUAGGAGCAAUAUAAAAUGCAAAAAAAGCAGUCCUACGCGUUUCAUGCCACCAGGGAAGUUAAUACCAAUUUGUAAAGUUAUGACGACUUUGUGUUUUCUACACAGUUUGCUGUGAAAGUCUCUUUUUUUGUAUCGAUAUUUCAAAUACAGGCAGAUCCUAAAUAAAGAUAUAAUUAAGAAUCACAUCCAAUUUUCCAGUAAAAUCGUGGUCAGGUAAAUAUAAUCCGGUUUAUUUAAUGGACUGCACUAGUUGUUUACACAUCAUCUUCUCUUCCAUUUACAGGUGACUCCUUCUAUGGUCACAGAAACACACCGUUUUCUACCAAAGAUAGAGAUAACGACCGCCAUACAACGAAAAGCUGUGCAAAUAAUUACAAAGGUGCCUGGUGGUAUACGGAGUGCCAUAUAUCAAACCUGAACGGAUUGUACCUGCGAGGAAAUCAUAACAGCUACGGCACUGGGGUAAACUGGAGGUCGGGCCGUGGUCAAAAUUACUCAUAUAAGAUAUCAGAGAUGAAGAUCCGACCUCAGUCUAACUAA